AUUCGAAAUUUUAUAACAGAUUUUUGGCAUUUCUCCUUUGAUUUGUAAACAAAGUUAUCUGCAAUGAGCGCAAUCUGUGCACUGACGCACAGUGUCCUUCAGCAUGGAAUCUACAAGUCCAGCACACGUUACACUUCGUCAACAGCCAAAUUUGUGCCAUUUGCUCGGGUUGAAAGGGCCAAACCCACAGAUGAGAACAAUGUGGAGAUGGCAUUUAAUUUAGACCCGAAUCCCAAUAAACUCAAUCUCUGUGGCGAUUUCUAUCGCAAUGCUGAUGGCAAACCUUAUGUGUUUCAAGCGGUUCACAAAGCAAAAGUUGCUAUAGUUUGUGAUGAUAAGUUGUCCCACGAGCCCCAGCCACUACUUGGCAAUCCCGAGUUCAAUCGAGCUGCCAAUGAACUAAUCCUUAAUAAAACCGCUCCUGCCAUAACACAGAAUCGUGUGCUGGGUAUACAGACACGUUCCAGCUUGGAUGCACUGCGUCUGGCCGCGCAAUUUCUUCAUGACAAGAUGAGAUGCAGUGUCUGCCUGCUGGCACAACCCUGCUCCGAGCACUAUGAGAGGAUAUUAAAGAGCUCUGGAUUUAUGUGCCAUACCUAUCAUUAUUACAGUGAAGACAAGGGAAAGCUAAAUAUCUAUGGAUUGGUCGCUGACUUGAUGACCGCACCGGAGGGUGCCGUUGUCCUCUUGGAUGCAUGUGCCCAGAAUCCCACUAGCUUAAAUCCCAGCAUCGAUGAGUGGAAACUGAUUGCCCACAUUGUCAAGUGCAAGAGAAUGAUACCCAUUUUCCAUUUGGAAUUUCAUGGACUGGCUAGUGGUGAUCCUACCCAGGACACUUGGCCCGUGCGAUACUUUGCUGACUCUGGUUUUGAUUUGUUUUGUGUUCAAUCGUUUGUCCAGAACUUUGGCCUAUACGAUGAUACUCUGGGUCAUCUUAUGAUCGUCAUCAGCAAUUCCACUCAAGUGGAGACAGUGCGAAAUCAGUUUGAGGCCACUUUAGUUGAGAACAACGCUGAGUGUUCCUCAGUCUUUGCAAGUCGCGUUGUGGCCAAGAUUCUUAAUAACCCUACGUUGCUUAAUGAGUGGACUCUGGCGCUCAAGGAGAUACAUCAAAGUAUGCGGCAAAUGCGUUUAGCGUUAAGUAAUAAGCUGACAAUCCUGAAAACGCCUGGCAACUGGGGUCAACUGAAGGACCAACAGGGUCCACAUCUCUAUACAAAUCUCAAGUUGCCAGAACUGAAGCAGCUACGUAGCCGUCACAUCUAUGUUCCAAAUUCCGGACGCAUCAAUGUGGGGGCCCUGAAGCCGAACAAUGUGGAUUAUGUGGCUGGUGCCAUCAAUGAUGUAAUGAUCUCAGUCAAGGCUGACACUGUCAAAGAUAAGGACUCAAAUUCCAAUUCCUUGCAGUGCAUGCAACCUUAAAUACUGGACAUCAUUUUAAAUUAUUUUAAAUAAAAACUAAGCUUAUUUUUAA